AUGAAGAUUGCUGCGAGCUUGCUUAUAGCAAGCAGUACUGCCUAUCAAGGAGACGGAGAAUGUAGACCUGGAGGUUUAUGGUGGGCUGCGGAACAAUGUGCAAACGAAGAUGCCUGCUGCAGUGAUCAACAGCUUUGCACAAAAUAUUGCGCCGAAGAAGACUUCUACGCUCAUUUUGCCGAACAGAAUAGAUUCCUUGAUUGUUAUCAGCCUGCUUGGGUUGACUUUUUGCCAAAAGAAUGUCGAGAAGAUCAAAACUCAGAGGAUUGCUGCAGUAUGCGCGGAAACAUUUGCACAAUUUUUGCACUAGGUGUCGACCAGCCAAGCACCAGUGCUAUCGAUCUUAAUCUGUCCUUGGACGCCAAUAUCGAAAUUAAUCUCGGCCUUGGCGACUUGCUCACCAUCAGCGGAGAGAAACUCAAAGAUAUCCUUCUUGAAUUGAGAAGCGAGUGUGCUUCAUACACGACUACUACCACUACAACUACCACAACAACUACGACAUCCACGACGACUACUACCACAACUCCCGAGAAGAUCACCACAACACCGAUUUCGACCGAAAAGACGACGACCACAACUGUUUCAAAGACCACGACUACAUUUACGACUACUCCAGUGACAACGACAACUGUCCCAAUAACUACAACUACAACAAUUCCUUCAACCACAUCAAGCGAUCCUAUCACAACUACUGAAAUCUUAACAACUUCGAUGCUUACAACCGAGGACUUCACAACUACCGAGGAAUUCACAACUACGGAGGAGAUUGAUUUCACUACUACUGUCGAUACUUUUACAACGACUGAGGAGAUCAUCUUCACAACUGAAGAGCAAGUAGUUACUGAAGAAACUAUCACAACCGAAGAAAUGGUUUUUACAACUGAGCCCGAAACUGUGUUUACAACAGAGUCUGAUCCAAUCACCACCACAGAAGUAGAGACAACUACAUCAAUCAUCGAUUCAACAACAGAGGAACAGAAGCCAGUUACGAAGGUUGAUACGACAACAGUGGUUGUAGAAACAACAACCGAUCCAACAACAAAAGCUGAGUCAACUACAGAAAUCGAGCUAGAGACAACCACAUUCGUUCCCACAGUUACAACUGCACGACCAGCUGGGGGUUCUGACUGUGAACUUUUCCUCGAGCUGCUGACCGAGAAAGCCGGCUGCUGUUCUAGCUGCUGCGGCGGACAAGUUGUUUUUGCCCCGGCUGAAAGUGACGUCCACACUAACGUCAAUGUCAAGCAAAACUUCAUUACAAACAUCAACGUUCAUGCCCCCGAAAAAAUUCAUACAUUUGAGAAAGACCAGAUCGAGGAAAUGUUUGGUGAAUUCUCCGAGCGAUUCGGUUUCGAUGGAAAACUCGAGGAUCUUUUUGCGAUGUUCCACCAAGAGAAGCCUAUCGCAUGGACAACAACUACGACUACUUCAGCGCCAAUGACAACGCAGCAAGUCAACUACAAGCGCGAAAUCUGCGACGAUUACCUCCGAACUCUCAUCCGAAAGCUGCACGGUAAGGGGGGAAAAAUCAACUUCGAUCACGACGUUGUCAUCUCUGUUGAUAUCGAUGUCGAACACUCUCAGCGACACUUGACACGGGAUCAGCUCAAAUCUGCGUUUAACCAAUUUUGCAAGGAAAAGGGAAUUUCGGCGGAUUUCGACGAGGUAUUCCAAGAGUACAAGAACAACCGAGCAUAA